AUGUCGAGCAAACUCGAUAAGCCUCUUGACGAUAUCGUCUCGGCUAAGCGCCAAUCUGCCCGUAACCGCCGCCCGUCUCAGCGACGCUCAACUGGCCCCAAGACUGCUGCCCCCGUUGGUGGUAUUCAGAAGGCUUCCAAGCCUGCUCGUGGCAGCGCGGCCAAGCCCGCUCCUGCCAAAGCUGCGGCUGCUCAUGGAGAAAGCAAGGUCAUUGUCAGCAAUCUGCCCAAGGACGUCUCGGAGCAGCAGAUCAAGGAAUAUUUUGUCCAAGCCGUUGGACCGAUCAAGAGAGUUGAUCUCGUUUAUGGCCCCAACUCCGUCAGCCGUGGCAUUGCCAAUGUCACUUUCCACAAGCCGGACGGCGCUGGCAAGGCUUUCCAGAAGCUGAAUGGCCUCCUUGUUGACAACCGACCCAUCAAGAUCGAGAUUGUUGUCGGUGCAGCUCAGGCCGACAAAGUCAUGCCGCCAGUCAAGUCCCUGGCCGAGCGAGCUACCCAGCCCAAGGCUCAGCCCAAGUCGGCUGCUUCUGGUAAAGGCGCUACCGGUGGCGUUGGCAAGGCUGGCGACGGCAAGACGGCAAACAAGAAGCGCCGUGGCCGCAGCGCUCGCCCUGCCAAAAAGACGGCUGAAGAACUGGAUUCGGAGAUGACGGACUAUUUCAAGAGCAAUGCCGAAGGUGCAAAUGCUGGCGCUGGUGCUGCUACAGGGGCUGCCGGUGCUACUGCUGACGCGCCGAUGGAGGAUGAGAUUAUGGAUGAACAUGUCUUGGUUGCCCUGUACCCGUGGCGCGCCGACGACGAGGGGAGACUUGCUUGUCUCGAGGAUGGUGGAAGGAGUGCCCGUGAUGGUGACGAUGAUGAUUCACUCGGCGAAGAGAUUGUUGAAAAAAGACAAAGUGACGCGGGACACGAUGGACGGCCCAAGUCCUGCUGUCACGGCAGUCAAGACGUCGCAGACUCGGUCAAGCUGCGCGGAGACGACUUCUCAGAGGCGCCUCGCACCGAGCCGUCCCUGUACGCCAUCUCCCUCGAGAGCUGGUCGGCGGGAGGCGGCACGAGGUACGGCUCGUCAGCGGGCCAGGCCGUGAUGCAGGCGCCGCUGCACGCUGCCCUCGCCGCGUCCAGAGAGGUGUAG